AUGGAGGGCUCUGCCAACACCCGCCGCAUAGACCAGCUCGUCGACCUCCGGGAGGCGACGAAGAAGAACGCGCGGGAGGCACGCGAGGAGAAGGAGAGGGCGGAGCAGGCGAAGGCGGACGCAGCCAAGGCGGCGCAGGAGGAGGCGGACGCGGCGACCAAGGCCCAGGCCGAUGCCGCGGCCAAGGCCCAGGAGGAGGAGGCGACCAAGGCCCAGGCGGACGCGGCCGCCAAGGCACAAGCAGGAGGAGCCGCGGAUGGCCAGGCUCCACAGCUGGUCAUCCCGCUGCGCUCCAUGCCGCCGGCGUCAAAGAUCUUAGCGCCGACUAGAGCGGCCGGCAACGACCAGCCGGUCAUGGAGAGGGAGGGCGGCGAAGCCGUCGUUCCCAGGGCGGAGGUGCCUCAGCAGAAGCCGGCUGCCGAGACCCAGGGAAGUCGGCCUAAUGCGCCAUCGCCUAAAGUCGGUGGCGGGUUGGUGGUGGGGGCGACCCCCGUGGACCGCACUCCGGUGCGUCGGCGUGCGGCGAAGGCGAUUUCGGCGCCACGUCCUCAUGAGAUCGGAGCCUCGAGCUCGUCGGCCCCGGAAGCGGAGGCCACUAGCUCCGUCCUGCGGGAGUGGACGACUGGGGGCGGGACGAGCGUCCUGAACAAGGCUGCGCACGAGGUCCACUCCCUGCUUCAGGCCCAAGGCGACGCCCUCAAGGACUACAUCGCGAGCUGUCGUCCGGGACUACCACAACAUUCGUGCGGCCGCUACAACUCCCACGUCCAAGAGCUGGCCAAGCAAACCGCCGAGCUGACCGACAGCCAGAGAGCCAAUGCCACCUUGCGGCAGCAAAUGGGCGAAGCUCAGACCGCGCUGCACGCCAAGGAGGAGGAGCGCCUCAAGAUGGAGUAG